UCUCUAGUCACUGUGAGCAAAAGCAUCGUGUUGAAAUUUGACCUACAUUAAAGAAGAUAGGUGGUGUAUGAACGCAAAUAUAAAAGGCGAUUUAAAACAGAAACCGUUUUUUUAAUUUGCUAUAAUCUGCGAUCCUUAAACAUGAAUUGCCACCAAUUUAACGUUAUUAUGGAGAUAUUCAUUUUCAUAGGUAUUCUGACUGGAGAAGGCACUGCAUUCCUGCUUGGUUCCACGUGCGACUGCCCGCCAUCGUUUACCGGAAGCAAACAAGGGUUUGUGGAGAAAACCUUUUCCAAACUUAGUUCUAAUGUGACUGUGGUGAACCCAGGCAGAGGUUUCUACAGACAUAUUGAGACUCGAACCUCCAGCUUUCAUCCACUUUCGUCUUGGUCAAUGGGCCCACAAAACAACGUCUUAUACCGGCAGUACUACCUUGACACCUUCUUAACAUCCGAUCUUGAUACGACCUUCACGGACAAGGUCAAGGCCGAUCUCAAGCUCAUUCAAGGUCAAGGUUGGACGGUGAUUCUCAGAUUCGCUUAUAGCAACUGCUGUGUUCAACCGCCCUACCAUGACCCAAGCUACUCGCGUAUGCUCUCUCACAUCCGAAAGUUGGAUCAUGAUAACGUGUUCCGGGACUACGAAGGAAUCAUCGUAGCGAUCCAGGCUGGGUUUGUGGGCGUCUGGGGAGAGUGGCACUUCACGACCAGCGAAUUCGGGAUUACCAAAUACUGUUCGAGUGUCGAUCUCGGCCUCACUGACGCCCAGUGGGCGAACCGGAACGGAAUUCUCCAAGCACUCCUCGAUGCGGCACCUCCUUCAAUAGAAAUCUUGGUGCGAAUCCCGGAGUACAAGUUUCAUCUAUAUGACAAAGUUGCGACAACUCUCUCAGACGAGAAAACGCGGGCUGGGAAAUCACGAAUAGGUUUCUAUAACGACGCCUUUCUCUCGGACUUGGACCAAAAUAUGGGCACGUUCAAAUGUACCGGCGACCGGACGUACAUGGCCGACGACAGCCGUUACAACUACGUCACCGGCGAAACUAAUGACGCCAAAACACCCGCAGCAUGGACCUGUGCUAACGCGAUGAAGGAGCUUGCUCAAUUCCACUACUCAAGUCUGAAUACCGACUAUCUGAAAGAGAUAAUAGAUUCAUGGAAAGAGAAUGGCUGCUAUGACGUCAUAUCCGCUCAUCUUGGAUAUAGGCUGUACUUGACUAAAGCUAUUCUACCCUCCUCAGUCACAGCGGGCGGAGAGUUCUGCUACCACAUCGAGAUAAAUAACGAAGGCUACGCCGCGCCGAAUAAGGAAAUGGAGGCCCAUAUAGUGCUGGAGAACUCCGGAAAUGGCGCCCUCUACUCAGUGAUGGUUCCCGGUGUGGAGGUGCGGGCUUGGUUACCUGGCAACACGUAUACUCUUCAGGGAGCCGCGAGCGUGCCGGCGGCCGUUCCCAGUGGGAAUUAUAAGGUACAUUUUGUUCUUCUCAACAAAGUGCUAGGAAGGAACAACAAAUAUUUUGUUCUUAUGGCAAAUGAAAAUGGCGUCCAAAACACGACAACGCGUAUGAACAGCCUCGGUCACACUAUUGACGUCACAUCCGGUCACUGCAACAGCCAAUCAGCGGCCGUGUUCCAUGCAUGGCAACAAACUGGAAAUAGAAGAUGAAACAUUUGAUUUUUUUUUAAUUUAUAAACAAAACAGAAAUUGUUCAGAGUUAGUUUUUCAUAAACGUCAUCAACUAUCGAAGUUGCAAAACGUAGGAAUUUUAGCCGACAAAAAUACAAUAACUAAUGAUGUCAAACAUCAUAGAUCAUAUUUUACCUUUUCCCAAUGAUAUAUAUGUAUAUUUUGUUUUACAAAUUGUAAAUGCAAUAAGUUGUUUUUAUGUAAGAUGGUUCAUGUUUUCAAUGAGCAUGUAUACUUUAAAAAAACGAGGCGAAUGUCGGAAUGUUAAUAUAUCAAAUGCUAUCAGUUUCCAUUUAACCGAGUACGUUACGACUCGUCCGUGUAGUUUUAAGAAGACAUUUUAUAUCUUUAAUUAAUGAAGUAAUUUAUAAGAUUCAAUUUAACAUAUUCUCCUGCAAAUUUCCACACACAGUAAGCAAGAAUAUACGUUUAAACGGUUAAGCUUUUAAAUCAGCUAUUCAAACAAUUUAAAUAUGUAAUUGUAAGUAAAAUACAGAUUAUUCAUAUUAAACAAGCUCUCAAACAAGAAAUGUCUUUAAAGUGACAUUAGACGCAUCUAACACUUGAAUUGAGCUUAAAAGAAUUAACAGGUCAACAGAUUUAGUUAAAAUGUAGUAACUGACCAAUUAUCCGCAACUCAUCCUGCUGCCAGUUGUUUAUAAACAAGAUAUAUUAUAUUCGAUAUUUUACAUGACUGUCCAAGUCCUCUAAGCCGAUCGGAACUGCCGCGUAUUUACGAAAGCGAAACAAUUUGAGUCUUUCUCAUAAAGUCACUUUACUGACACUUCAUUUAUAACAUAUUUCUUUGAAGAAGUGUGGCCGAAGAUGUGGUUGACAGAGACACGAAGGUAAAUAUAUUCAUGAUUUCAGAAUUGUCAUAUGUUUUCGCGGUGAGUUCCAGAUUUUAAACUUACCAAAGUUAGGUCAAGUUUAGCAUUAUUUUUUCUCUUUCAGGGAUAUUGUUUUAGUAUGUUCAUGCUGCAUUAGAACAUAUAAGUGUAUAUGAAGUGAAAACUAAAAAUAAACAACGGUUGCGAUAGACACCUAUAAACAUAGCAUAUACUGUUAGGUGCGUUUAAUGUCACUUUAAAUAAAAGAAGAUAUUCAAAUUAUGCUUGGUGUUGUUUUGGCGUUAACAGCCGGGCAAAUAUGAUUGAUAUGAUAUAAGAAUCUCUCUUUUUGGAGGGUUUUAACUCGCCAGCUCGAAUUCAUUCCCGUUAAACAGAUACACAAUGAUAAUAGGAAAUGCAAGCUCGAUAAAACAAGCUCAAAAUGUAUUUUAUCAAAUUUGCCUAUUCAUUUAAAAAACAUACAAACAUGCCAUUUAUACUUUAUCAUUUUCACAAUAAAGCCUGAAAACUCUUAAAAGGCAGACUGACGCGCAAGGUACAAUAUUAGGGUAAUGUUGUAAGUUCUUUCCAAUCUGUGAAUAGAUGGACUAGUAUUUAGUUUAUUUAUAUGAAGGUUUACUAAUAUAAUCAUUGUUUCUAUAAUCGAAUUUAUAUUUCAGCUUAUAAUAUUUAAUCAGUAAAAUUGUUCAUAAAUAAUUUUAAUUUUAAAUUACGUGACGAUACUUUGUCUUAACGUGUCUUUACGCGGUCAGGCAGAUAUAAACACUCCCGUAGCAACAGUACUAGUAAAUGGCGUCACGAACGUUAUACUAAGAUAACUAAAGGUGAUAAAAACGUCUUUGCAACGAUAUGUCCCGGGUUCGACUACUUCGUCAGCCAAAUGUUUUAAUCAACGUUUUUUUGCUUGUAUAAUGAUUUUAGACUAGUCCAAAGUCGGAGUUGAUAAUAAAGGCAUUAAAUAACAUUUAACAUGUCAAAAUUGUCCUUUUUUAUGUUCUACAAAAAGUAUAUAAAAUUCCGAUGUUUAUGUUAUUCUUUCUUGAUCUGUUUAGGUAACAUAUUAACAUAUUGUUUCUUACGAUAUGAGUUGAUUAUGAACUAUCCGUCAUUUUCGCAUAGUUAAACAUCCGUCAGCACAGCUAAACUUUUCUAAAUGGAGUGUAAGUAUUCUUGAAUUUCAGUGCCUACGUGAGCAAUAUGAACUGAGUUAUACUUACUAUUUCGGGCUAGAUGGAUUUCGUUUACAAAUGAUGUACUUAAUGUUUUUGAUACUUGUAAGCAGUUUAUGAUAUGUGUGCACAGUAACAAUAGUUUUCAUAGUUUUUGCAACAUCUUCAAUUCUCACCUGCAUCAUGGUCAUGGUACAAUAUUCAUUUGCGCAAAGAUCCUUGCAUAUGAAGCUGAAAAUUACAAUGUGUGCGGUGAAACUAAACUAUUAUAUUUUUUUUAGACCAAUGAUACAUCAUAGAAAAGUUCUAUGCUCAAAGUUUGUAUUUUCCUUCUGCCGUUAUGUGUUUGUAUUUUCCUUUUGCCGUUUUUUUUUGUUGAACAUAUAUUUUUAAACUGACUUAAGACCAGUAUUUUGUCUGGUUUUCUGAGAGGAUUAAAAAACACUGGUUUAAUUAUAUUUCUUAAAUUCAAGUAUUGAACCUCAUUAACUACCAUAAAUGCAACUUUACUUUGUACAGUUAUCGCAAGAAAUAUAGGUCAGAAGCCCCCUAAGAUACGCCGAAAAUAAUGUAAACUUUAAAGAAGUGUUAUGAUAAAGAAUAGGGCCCGUAUUCACCAAACAAUUCUUAGACUUAUCACUAAGAAUAAUUAUCUAUAUUCUAUAGAUUGACAUAUUCCAGAAUUUCUUUAAUGUUGAGUCAAACCUUGCAUUCACCUGCCUUAGUCACGUAUUUCUUUAUUUACGACAUUUUAUUUCCGCAAUAAGUAUCAGUAGUAGCCUGAAUACACUCAAAGUAAGAAGUGCUUUGGCUUGGGUCUCAGUCUAUUCUUUAUGUUUAGGUCUAAGACUGAUUUGGCGAAUACGGGCUUCAGUGCGAAAAUAUUAAAUUGCUUAAGGAUGAAUGUUCUAGCAAUCGUUGCUGGGUAACCGGUGCCUCUUUAAUCUGCGUGGGUUGUAAUGCGUCAAUCGCAAUGACGUGUUUUAUCUCCAGACAAUCAUUGUGAACAAUGACAAAACAAUCGUGUCGCAUUAAGACACUUAUAGAAGUUGUGACAUUGCAAAAAAUUCUUCUAGAACGUAAGUCUGGUGAAUUUAAGCAAAUAAAAUGUGCCGUUUGGCCGAAUUAGUUUUAUUAAUUAGCAUCUCGAAGGAUUCCCACGCCUUUUGUGGACAUAACGCAUGGAUAUUCAGCGACUUCAGGUUAUUGUGGGAAUAUUUAUUUACACAUGUUAAGUGUGGUGGGGAUACUCAAUUAUUUAGUGUAUCUUGUGUACUUAAGUGUAUUAAAAAAUGUGCUGUAUUGUGUUAACGUGUGUAUGUUUGCAAUGAUAAAAGUCGAUAUUUAGUUUAUUUUCAGUCCAGUUGUUUAGUUAAUGUGAGAUGUGAUCCUUACCGGAACCGAUUCAUUUCCUGGAGAAGGAGGUCGCAUUAUUAAUGGAAGUAACGAGACUCUUCAACAGAGCGUUGCCAUUAGUGUCGAUCGCCGUUACAUACUGAAGACAUACGGGCGACAGAAGAAUUGUUUUGUGUUUGCAUUUAUGUGUAGAAAGCCAAGUCAAAUACAAACACCGAUACCUAA